ACCCAGGAGCUAAUGAGACCACAGUGGCUGCCGCCUAAUCCGCGCCUCUUCUGCAGAACCUGUUAUUAAGCACAGAGGGCACUGGGAGGGUCGGAGCAGGACGCAGGACGCAGGACGCAGGGCUGGGGGCUCGCUCCGUCUGGCCCCCUCGUCUCGCUCUCGUCCGAGCUCCAGCUCAGUCUGUCUGGGGCUUCCUCUCACAGUCCUUCGUCCUGCCCCACCUCCUCCCCCCGGGGCAGCCCAGGAGCGGCGGGUCGUAGGGGGGUGUCUGCGUUGCACGCUCGCUCGCUCGGACGCGCCGGCUUUCCGCUCUUCUCUCCAGCUGGGGCUGCGGGGCUUUCCCUGGCUCGCUCAAGAUCGCCUGUAGGAGCGGAGCCGCGCCGAGCCGAGCCGCGCCGCAUCUGCAGGCGGGCAGCGACGACAGAGACUCUGCCAGGCUCUGAGGAACGCCCGGCUGACAAGGGCCAGCGUCUUCGCCCCUAGGAGCUCGCCUUCCAGCCUGUUCCUGGAACCAGCAGCCCUCUCGGCAUCAUGGAAGAGUGGGACGUACCCCAGAUGAAAAAAGAAGUAGAGAGUCUGAAAUACCAGCUGGCUUUCAAGAGGGAGAUGUCUUCGAAAACAAUACCGGAGCUGUUGAAGUGGAUUGAGGAUGGGAUCCCCAAUGAUCCAUUUCUGAACCCUGAUCUGAUGAAGAACAACCCUUGGGUGGAGAAGGGAAAAUGUACCAUUCUGUAGUGAGGGGUUCCAGCUUCCUCUCCUAGACCCACCCUGGAGCAGCAGCUACCAACCAGAACAGUGAAUUCUUCCCCAAAUGCUCCACUCCCUCUCACUGACUCAGUCUUUCUUCUGGUUUUCAGUUAGUUCAUUCCACACUAAUGCAAUCUCAUCAUUGCCUUGGCUUCUCAUUUGUAUGGGGUAGGGGUAGGGGUAGGGAUAGGGCAGGAUUUCAAAUCCUAAAGGACGGGGACAAGGGAACAAUCGGGGUUUUGGAAAAGAUUAACCCACACAGGGAAGAGUCUGGGCAGUGGGGUCCCAAUGAGAAAUGGUGUUAGAACCACCACCUAAAUGAUCUUGGCAUGGUAGGAAACAAGCUAGUCCUAGUAUUCUUGGUAACGGGCCUUUCAUUUAAUGAUGCUAACACUUGUGUAAAACCAUUCAGACCUUUUUUUUGGGGGGUGGGGAGGGGAACUUGUAAACAAACAACUUUUGUAAAAAAAAAAAAAGACUUUUCAACAAUUUUCAAUACUUUUGUAUAUUGUAGAAUAUACAAUUUUGCAGUCAACAGGCCGACCAUGCAGGAAACAAUGGUUUAUACAUAAAUAAAAACAAAGCAAUACUUCACAA